UUUUCUUACAUCCAUUCUCCCCCACCAACCGGCGAAAACCCAGAAAGAGAGGUGUCAUCCCUCUUUCAUCCUUGCCGGAACGGAGAGAAAGAUAUCUCAAAACCCUAGUUUUGCUUCUCUCUGUUUACUUUCUAUUUCUCCUCCAAGUCAUCUGACGAUUGUUCUCAUUCUUUCAACUUCAAGCUCGUCAGAUUUGUUACAACCGCACAUUACACUUCGCUCUUCGAUAUAUCUUGUAGUUUGUGAAGAAGAGUUGAAAAUCAUGGUUUUCUGGGUGUUUGGCUAUGGUUCAUUGGUAUGGAACCCUGGGUUUGAGUAUGAUGAAAAAAUGAUUGGGUACAUCAAGAAUUACCGCCGUGUGUUUGAUCUUGCAUGCAUUGAUCAUAGAGGCACACCUGACCACCCUGCGAGAACUUGCGCACUGGAAUACAAGGAAGGAGCUAUCUGUUGGGGCGCUGUUUAUUGUGUGAAAGGAGGUGAGGAGAAGGAAAGAUUGGCAAUGGCGUAUUUAGAGAAAAGAGAAUGUGAGUAUGAUCAGAAGACAACUGUAGACUUUUUCAAGGAAGGGGAGACAAAUGAUCCUACUUUAUCCGGAGUUAUAGUUUUCACAUCUACUCCAGACAAGGAAUCAAACAAGUACUAUCUUGGGCCUGCACCAUUGGAGGAUAUGGCGAGACAAAUUGCCACUGCUUUUGGUCCCUGCGGCAACAACAGAGACUAUGUUUUCUUGCUGGAGAAGGCGAUGUUUGAUAUUGGUCAUGAAGACGAUAUGGUCAUAGAGUUGGCAAAUGAAGUCAGAAAAGUUCUUGGAAUCACAGGUCUUGGAAUACCAAAAGAGAGCAGUAGCAGAUUAAAGGGGCCAUCUCAUAAGCCAAAAUCCCCGAUAUCGCCUCGUAAGCUGCUUCACCUUCCUGGAGCAAUCGCCAUGGACACAUAAGACAGGCAAAAAUACAAGCAAUAACUUAGUUUAUGCAACUCCACUGAAUCGGCUAGCAAUAAAAAUCAUCACAUCGAGCUCAAUUAAGUUACUUUUUUUUAUUCGGUUAACUGAACCCCUUGAAGUUGUUUACAUCAUGGGUUCAUUACUUAUAUUAGUUUCAAUAUUUUCUUUUACUCUAGGCUAAUAGAAUCGGAUUACCGGAUUCAAGUAUAAAGUUCUAACGGGCAUACUGCAGUUUAAUGCAAGUUUUCAUUUAAAUAUUUGAAGAGUUUUCCUGG